UUGUUGAUGGCAACUCGUUUGAAUACGGAAACAGGAAUCGUGUGUGGUAUUUGUUGUGGUUAUUUAUAUUUUUAAUUUACUAAUUGGCGGACUCUCUAAACUCUUAAUUUGUUUUUAUUUGAGGAAUUUUAAAAGCUUCUGCAAUUAUUUCCUUAGGACAUGCGAAAUAUUCUUCAAAUCUAUUCUUUUGUGUUAAACUUUUCCAAUGAAAUUACAAAAUUUGCUGUGUCCCUGACAGAUAAAUGUGAUUUACUUUAGAUUUAAUCCAAAAAUGGGAGGACCGGUUUUGAAGAAAAUAAACUUUAUGCUUAUUCAUCGUAUUGUGAUGCCUGUGUGAAAAUAAAUGUUUAAUCAUAUAAAUCAAUCAGUCUUUAAACAUUUUAUAUUUUUAGCAUUGUUUACAAAACUUUUCUGACCCUGGUCAACCUUCCUUAUCAUUUUUCAUUACCUUUUAUAUGAAAUAAUCAUGUCAGCAAAGGAUAAAAAAAGUGUGAAUUUGCUGGAGAAAUUUGGUGGUUUAGGCAAGUCAAAGAAAGAUAAAGCAAAAUGGGCACAUACUCAAAGACCUCAUUCUGAUGAUUUUACUGAUCAAGUAAAUGAAGCUGAAAACAAUUUAGAAAAUUUAACAGCAGAAGAAAUUAAUAGGCAGUUUGAAAUAAUGCUGGAUGACAUGAAUUUGCCUGAAGAGAAAAAAGAACCAUUGAGGAAACAUGACAUAGCUAAAAAGAAAACAAUGUUGAGCAUGGCCAUUAAGGGGAAUGCUGUGAAAGGUAGAUUAGACAGUCCUGCAGACUAUAUUUCAUACCUAAGUAAUUCAGACAUGAGUGUUCAUAAAUUAUUCCAGUGCUUAGAAUCUCUUCGAAUAGCUUUGACCAACAAUACAGUAAGUUGGGUACAAGAAUUUGGAAGCCGUGGACUCGAUAAGUUAUUACAAAUUUUGAAUUCUUGUUAUGGAAAGAGUGUAAAAUAUGAGCGUAUUCAGCAUGAAUGUAUCAAAUGCCUGCGAGCAUUAAUGAACAAUACUGCUGGCUUGAAACAAAUCUUCCAACAUUCUGAUGCUCUCACUAUCUUAUCUCGCUCAAUAGACCCAUCUGUGCCAGUUAUUAUGACUGAUGCUGUUAAACUCAUGGCAGCUUUGUGUUUGAUUCCCCCGAAUGGACAUGAAAAAGCACUUGAAGCUAUAACCAUCUGCGGAGAAAUGGAAGAAAGGGAAAGAUUUGCCCCUAUUGUUCAAGGUCUAGAAACUAGGAAUGAAACAUUAAGGAUAGCCUGUAUACAGCUAAUAAAUGCUUUAGUAACUUCUCCAGAUGACCUGGAUUUCCGUUUGCAUUUAAGGAAUGAGUUCAUGAGAUCAGGCCUAAUUGAUGUUUUGGAAAACUUGCAAGCCGAAGGAAAUCAAACUGCUGAGCUGAGUAUUCAAUUGAAAAUUUUUCAAGACCAUAAGGAAGAAGAUUUUGAUGAAUUCUCUCAGCGAUAUGAAAAUGUUCGAUUAGAAUUAGAAGAUAUGACUGAUUGCUAUGAAUUACUAAGGCAAUCAAUUUCAGAUACUCCGGCAGAAAGUGAAUUCUUAUCAAUUUUACAACAUUUGCUUUGUAUUCGGGAUGACAUUACUGUAAGGUCUGCAUAUUAUAGAUUAAUAGAAGAAUGUGUUUCACAAAUUAUAUUACACAAAAGUGGCUGUGAUCCAGAUUUCAGACACACAAAGCGUUUUAAAAUUGAUGUUGAACCUUUAAUAGAAACCAUAAUUGACAAAUCAAAACAGGAAGAAGAUCGGGUUGGCGAAGAGCUUAGCAAAAAACUUGAAGAUGCACUUACUGCAAAACAAGAAUCUGAAGCCAAAUUAUCACAAAUUGAGAAUAAAUUACGGGAAUAUGAAGCAAUUAUUUCUGAAGUUCGUAAAGGAGGCAAAUUACCUCAACUACCAGAAGGAUUUAAUCCAAUGGGUGGAUCUUUUAUUCCUCCACCACCUCCGCCUCCUGGAGGUGGUCCUCCACCACCACCACCUAUGCCUGGCAGUGGAAUACCUCCUCCCCCUCCAAUGCCAGGAAUGGGUCCUCCCCCACCUCCUCCCAUGCCUGGAAUGGGUCCGCCACCACCACCUCCUCCUCCAGGUAUGGGUGGUCCUCCUCCUCCACCACCUCCUCCUGGAAUGGGCGGAAUGAGAUUUCCACCUCCUCCACCUGGUGGUCUUUCCCCUAAUCCACCGCCAACUAAUGUUUUGCCUCAUGGAAUGCAACCCAAGAAGAAAUAUGUUUUAGACACUCCAUUAAAACGAGUAAACUGGAAAAAGAUUCAUCCACAGAAGUUAUCAGAAAAAGCUUUUUGGGUAUCAGUUCAUGAAGAAAAGCUUGCUAGUGAAGAUAUUUUUGAAAUGCUGUCCUCCAAAUUUUCUUCUAAGCCUCAAGUUAAAAAAGAUACAAAUAAACCUGAUGAGAAGAAACCAGCUAAAAAAGUAAAAGAAUUGAAAGUUUUAGAUGCCAAAUCUGCACAAAAUUUAAUGAUUCUACUGGGAUCUGUUAAAAUAUCUACAAAUGACAUGGUAAAAUACAUAUUGCAUGUUGAUGAGGAACAACUAACUGAUGCCAUGUUACAACAGUUAAUACGGUACAUGCCGGAACCAGAACAGCUAGCAAGAUUAGAACAAUUUAAAGAUCAGUAUAAUGAUUUAGCAGAAGCUGAACAAUUUGCCGUCACAAUGGGGAGCAUUAAAAGAUUAGUACCUAGGUUAAAAUCCAUCAGUUUUAAAAUGAGAUUUCAAGAACUUGUGCAAGAUAUCAAGCCAGAUGUUGUUGCUGCAACUGCUGCUUGUGAGGAAGUGAAGAAAAGCAAAAAAUUUUGCCUCCUUUUGCAAAUCAUUCUCUUAAUAGGAAACUACAUGAAUGCUGGUUCUCGAAAUGAACAAGCUGUUGGAUUUGAAAUUAGUUUGCUGACCAAAUUAAAUUCAACAAAAGCUGCAGAUCAUAAAACAACUCUGUUGCAUUAUUUGGCUGAAGUCAUUGAACAAAAAUAUCCUGAUGUCCUAAAUUUCGCUGAGGAAUUGAUGCAUGUUGAUAGAGCGGCUAGAGUGUCCUCUGAACAGAUACAGAAGAAUUUAAGUCAAAUGAAGAAGUCAGUUAAACAGUUAGAGACUGAUUUGAAAAAUUUCCGUCCUCAUAGUGAAGAAGAUAGAUUUGCUGAAGUAAUGUCUAGUUUUCUGACGGAAGCGUCAAUGCAGUAUGAAAUUUUAGAAAAUAUGUUCAAGCAAAUGGAGAAGCUUUAUAAUGAUUUGUCUGAAUAUUUUGCUUUUGAUUCUAAAAAAUAUCAAUCGGAUGAGUUUUUCAAUGACAUUAAAACUUUUAAGGACAUGUUCCAAGAAGCCUAUAAAGAUAUUGUCCAUGCGAGAGAAGUCGAGGAGAAGAUGAGAAGAGCGAAAGAAGCCAAAGAAAAAGCUGCAAAAGAGAAACAAGAGAGAAUGGCUAAGAAAAAACAAUUAGUAGAUAUAACAGGAGAAGAUCAGGAAGGUGUUAUGGACAGUCUUUUAGAAGCACUCAAAACCGGUUCUGCUUUUUCACACAAACCUCGACGUAAAGCACCUGCCAGAGGGGCUGCCGAAAGGAGAGCACAAUUAAACCGCAGCCGCUCUAGGAGUAAUAUUUUAGCUCAACAUAACCUUGGUAGAGAAAAUUUAGCUAAUUUUGAUUCAAGAAAUGGUGAUGUUGUACGAUGAGAUUAGUUGUAACACAAAUAGCUAAAAGACUUAAUACAAAUUGUUUGUAGUGUAAAAGCUGCAGGUUUUGAAAUCUGUAUUGUGCUGGGUUUGAAGUAUAUAUUUAUGUAAAUACAGAUGCUUUUUUUUAGAAAAAAAGAGAUAUUGUACAGAGAGGUUUUAAUAAAUUUCUUACUCAAACUAGUAAGAAUAAGCAAGAUUUUUAUGAACUGAAAGCUUGUAUUUUCGAAAUUUUCAUUCUUACUUUUUCAUAAUAAACUAGUUCUAUGUAUGAAAAUAAAAAUGGAUUUAAACUGUAAUAUAUAUACUCAGAAUGCAACAAUGUUCCACCUUGCCUUAUAUUCUCUGUGUUAUAUCAGACAUAAUGUACGUCCAUUGUAUGUUGCAGUAUUCUGUGAAAACUUGAUUAUUUGAGUUAAUAUAACGUGAAGUGAACUAAGAUAAUCGAAUACUCAAGGUCAAAAUUAGCUUUGAAAGUACAAAUUGAUUGCCAAUGAACAGGUCACUAAGUACUGAUAAUGUUUACUGUGAAAUAAGUUUUAAGCUCAAAUAAUAUUAAAGUGUUAUUGUCCACCAUGCAGCAGAAAUCAAUAUUAUGAACUUUUAUAAAUAACAUCAGCUCAAUAAUCCUGCUAAUAGGCACCAGAAAAAUCCUAGUGACAUGAGACAAGUAAUUUUAUAACAAGAUAUAAUUUGCAAAGUUUAACUUCAUACAUUAAAUCUACCAAUAAAUCAAGUGCGGAUUAUCUCAAUGACCUUAUACCUCUCACAGCGGUCACUUUAAUUGAUCUUUUAGUAACUUAAAACCUGCAAAAGUUUUAAGUCGAUAUCGUAUCUGAUUUAUCGUAUGUCUGAUAUAUUGUAUCUGAUUUAUUUGUACUGAUAAACUUCAAGAAAUCAGAUUAAAAUAUAGACUAGAAAGGAAAGUUCGUCUGGAGAGAUAGUUUUUAUUUUUACAUUUUUGUAGCUAAAAUAGAAUCCUGAAGAGUUAUUUAUGUUUACUACGAGGACAGGAAACAAAAAAUCUCCUUAAUUUUUGCCAGGUAACCUGAUAUACCAAUUAUCUGAUCAAAUGACUAAUGGAACAUUUACCUUUAUAUAUCGAUAUUCCCCAUAACCCUGAGGGGGCAUAACUUCCUUUUCCAAACUAGUAAGGGAAAUCUCGUGACACUUGAGUGUUCUUUAACCAUUCAAGCAUUCAGCUCAUGGGCAAAAUAGUUCUGAAAUCUUCUUGUUAGGCACUUUAUCCCAUUGAGAAACUUGUUUUUAGAUGCAGGAAAGUCACCAGAUUAAAGUUGAAAAUGUUCAGAGGAUUAAAAUGUAAGAUAAUGGAUCGUCGGUCAUCUGGUCAUAGAUGCACUUUCAAACAAAUUUAUGAGAAGCAUAAUUUUUGUUUGCCUGAGACAUUGAGUGCUAAACCCUGGAUGAGUUCAUAAAUUUUUUUUUUCUCAUGGAAUAAUCCGGUUAAGGAAUGAUUUUCUAUCGAGGAAAACAACCAAGUUAAAUGAAAAGUGAUUCAGUUUGUUUCUGAUAGAAAAGAUAACGAUCUAUGCUUUCAGUUAACUUAGAUUUAACUUAUUUUGGAUCAUUAAAUUAGUGACUGUUGUUGAAGAAAGGCAUUUUUAGAACUAAUAUUUUCUAUACUUGGUACAAAGAGGGGAGCAUUUUACAAACUUAUUUCCAUUAUGAUUUUUGUAUCAUGAUGAAAGAAGACUCACUGAAUGUUCUAAGUCUGGACUCAAACAUUUAAAAAAAAAGUAUGCAAAUGCUUCGGUAUAGAUUUGAAAAUAAAUGCCAGGAUAUAGAUAAGAAAAGAAAUUGCCUUGGCUGUUUUGUUUCAAUGAGAUAUCUUUUUGACAUAGCCUAAUCAUUAGAAAGUAAUUCUAAAACCUUGACUUGCAGAUUUAGACAGCAAGCAUAAUACUCAAAUAAUCGAGUUCUACUUUUGUAAGGAGAAGGAUUCUUGCCAAACAAUGUACAUAACUCUAGUUAUAGAUUAACAAACAAAGUAUGCUUGCCAAACUCUAUGCACUUAAGCAUAUGCUCUCAUUAAUUCUAUAUUUCAAAUAGGCAUAUUAAUCUUUUGUUUGCUUAUAUUAAGUUAACGUUUUUGUUGCAUUAACAAAGUUAAUUGUUUCUCUUAUUUGUGUUUUAUUGUCACAAACAAAAAACUUUUAUCUUUGUUCAGGGAUGCUGACUGCUUCUGUUUUACUAAGUUGCAUUCUUUAAUUUAAUUUACUAAUAAUCAAGAUUUCUCUCGAGUCUAGAAAAUUUUUUAAUUUGUUGUAACACUAUCAAAGCUUUUAGGGUUUAUUUAGCAUAUUUUUGUAUAGGUUUUAUAUAAUGCUGUGCAAUCAGAGUAAUGUGAUUCUUGGUUUCUCAUCGAGUAAUUUUUGUCACUCUUUACGGGUAUUUAAUUUAAUAAUAUGAUGCUUUUUUUCGAUUUAAAUUUAAAAUCUUUCAAAUAUAUGUUUAAAAUUUGCACAUUUUUGCUAUUUAAAUUAUUUUAUGAUAAUUUAUAAUUUUUUAAUUUACUAUAAAAAUUUUUAAUGAAUUUCAUGCAAUUCUUAAUCACUAUUUUUUUAAUUAUUUUUUAAAAUCUUUAAAUUUGAAAUAAAAAAAAACUAGUUUAAAAAUAUGCUUCAAAAAUAUUAAUUUAUUGUUUACCAUAGUAAUGUAUGUAUUGUAAUUUAUGCAAAUUAUUUUGAUUUUUUGGUUGUUUACUUAGAUUAGUCAGUAAUUAAAAUAAUAGUAGGUAAUUACCUUCACCCUUGUGAGAUAUAACAGCAAUAAAUAAUUUGUUUUGAAUAAAAGGGAGAGUUAAUCAUUGAAAUCAAGCAAAACUGCUUUUAUUUAAUUAAUCUUGCAACUUAAGGGGACCAGAUAUCCUGUCACAGUCCAUUUUAAAAUGGUCAAUAUUUUAGUACUGUACUUUAGAGAUUUGUAAUCCUUUUUUUUAAAAUUUUGUUCCUAUUACGAUGCACAGUAUUGUGCAGUUUUUAGAAGUCAAGAGGUUCAGAUUUAGAUAAAGGAUUCAGAUAAAAAAAAGAAUUUAUAGGAAAAAAGUUUGACCUCUUAUUUAUUUUGUAAUUUAAUUGUUUGACAAAAAUAAAAAUUCAAGAGUCAACAUUUCCACUCUCUGAAACAAAUUAAUAAGAUUUCCACUAUAACAUGAAAAAGAAGUAACUAAAAAACAAAUUUUUUUUUUAGAAUUCAGUAUUUUCUCAGAAAAAGGUGCAUUAAAGCUGUGCAACUUAACAUGGGCUAAUUCUUCGUAAUGCAAGUUUUGUUAAUACAACUAAAAUUAUAUUUGCGUUUGCAUCCCUGUUUUUAUAAGAAAUUUUUACCAUAUUUUUUUUGAUAAUCAACUUGUGUAUUUCAAUUUUAAAAAAAAAUGAAGCUGUAUCAAACAUUGCUUUCAUAUGCUAUAUGACAUGAACUCAGUUUACCAAAAUAUCUAUGCAUAUGUCAAAGUAAGUGAUCUGAGGAGCAAUUUUUUUAGUUUUUAAUUAUUUAUCUCAAUGGGCUUUUUUCAAGGUUCCUGACUUAAGAUUACCCUUUUACUUGAUAAAAAAUAUAGAUAUUUUUCUUAUUUAAAUCUAGAAGCCACUUAUUUUUUAUUGAUUUUUUUUUUACAAUAAUUCUUGCACCUGUGUUACGUAUCUUUAUGCCAUUAACUCUUAGAAAUCUCUAACUAAUUUUGUACGAAUAUGUCACUAAUAAUAUUCUUGCUUUUGUUGUUGGUAUUUAAGUGGUGCUGAAGAAAAGAUGUUAAGCUGUUGAAGAUAAAUUUAAUCUAUGAAUAUUUUAGAAAUGAAUUACUAUUGAUAAUAUUCUUUUUACUGAGCCUUGCAUGUGUGAACUACUCCAAAAUAUAUUGUGAGGAUGUUCAACUCGCACAAAAGUAUGCUUUUAUACUAGCUGUUUUGAAGCAAAUCUAAUAAUAACACGACCACAUCUGUGCCUCAUAUGUUUUUUAACUUGCUUUACUUGCAAAAUGACUGAGAAAAAUAAUUUGACUGAUAGUUUAUAGACUCUGAAGCAGUUUGGCAUAGUUAUAGAAGUUAUUUUCGCAUUUACAUCCAAGUUUUAAAUAUAUAAUCAGUAUUAAUAACCUUAUGGUGAUUCUGAUAAUAGAUAGAUUAAGUCAAUUAAGACCUAUUUUUUCUCCAUAUUUUUUAAAUUCUGUUUUUAAUUAGUUUAAUAGUAUUUUAUCUUCUAUAUUCAUCAAUAGAAAUUAUUCUUCAUAAGUCAAGCAGACAAAAAUUAGUUUUAAAUCCUAGACUAAAAGAAUUGGCAGCAUUCCGUAUUUUUGCUUUUUUAAAUAAUCAUUUUAUCUUGAUUUACGCACAAUCAAUUAUUUGGAGUAUUCAUAAAUACUGUUGUACAAAAGUGAAAAAUAUUCAGAUUAUUUGUACACAUUAAGAUUCAUUUUAUAAAAAUGAGUUGGUAACUUUAUGGUUUUCUACAAUCAUUACUUUUACCUUUUUUUAUUAAUUAAAUAAAUAAUUCUGUUUGCUGAGAACAAUCAUUUUAUGUAGCUUUAGUAAAGGAGACAUUUGGUUGUGAAAAUGGAUCAGUCCACUUUGUUUCAAAAACUUUUUUCCAUUAAGUUUUGUUCCAUUUUUGUUUUCUACCUUAGCAGCAAUUUUUCAACAAAUAUAGGUUUCUUACUUUUUUAUAAUUUAAGAAACAAAAUAUUAACCUCAUGUUGAAAAAAUUACCUUUUUGUAAUCCAUUGGUCAUUAAUUUUUUUUUAUGAAGGAACACAUAUGAACCUCAAAGUUCAUUAGAUAACAUUAAAUUUUUUCCUACCAAAAUUAUAAAAAUAAUCAUAAACUUUGUUUCAAGGAAAAAAAAUUCCCAAAUUAACAUGCUGAAACUAGCAUGAAAGAUCUUUUUUUGCUCUAAACUUUUUGAAGUCGCUUAUCUGAUCGGAACCAAAUGUCUCAAGUGCUUCUAAUGAAACAAACUGCUUUCCCAAUAAUGAGGUUUUAUAGCUGCCUAAUGCUAAUUUCGUAUAAUAAACUACUUAGUUUUAUAUGCAUUUAUGGUUUGUUUUUUCCUUUUAUAAAAUGUACUAGAUGGGUUAUUUUUGCACUCUAUUGAAUAUUAUCUUUUUUUUUUAUAUCUAUGUACGUGUUGCCCACAUGAAAGUUGCACCUUACAAUACUGUCAGAAAUAUAGAAGCAAUAGCAGUAUCACUCUUUAGGGUUAUAAACAAAAGUAAAAGAAGUGCACAGAUUAAUCAGUUCACAGAAAAGAUUGCAAAGUUGUACUGAGUUAUAUGUAUUAGAAAGAACGCAAUGUAAAAUAGUAUAAUUAAUAGUAGUUUAUUGAAGAUUGGGAGAUUUGCUUGCCAUGGGACUAUUUAGAACACAUUUUGAUAUUUGCGCUUCAUGAAAAUUGUUGCACUAUUUGUUUUUAGUUUGCAUAAACAGCAUUUAUUUGUUAAUGAAUUCCUUCUUGCACUAAAAUUUGUGUGUUCUGGAUGCAUUGUUAGCAUAACUUUACAUUCUUCUUAUUUGCUUUCUUGCAAAUUGUUUAAUCAUUUACAGGGGAUCUGUGAUGCUCUUAUCUUUCCUUAACCCACCAGCGGUUUUGCAACUAGACAGCCGUAUUUUUUUUUUUUAUCUUCCCGUAUGAUUGUACACUAAAGAUGAGAUAAUAUUCUUUGGAUGGAUGCCAAAUUUUGCGACCAUAAAGCAAAAGCACCAAACAGAAGUAACAAAUUGCUUUAAUUUUUUAUACCUUAAUAAUUUUUAAUUUUUUAUAUUUAAUAACUAAGCCAAAUAUUUGUUUAAAGUAGUAAAUUAGAUUUUGAAAAUUCUAUUAUGAGCCUAAAACGUUUUUUUUUUAGUGAAUGAGCACUUGUACAUGUACACCCCUAUUGUACACGUGAGAAAACUCACAUUUUUUUCUACCUACAAAUGGCCCUAUACGUAGACGAAGUCUGAGAUUUUUUUUUAGGAGGAGGGGGGCUAAAACAACCACCUAUUUAGAAUAAGAUAAGAGAAAAAUGACCCUUCAUACCUCUUUCUGAUUAUAGAUCAGGGAGAAAGAACUAAAGUCUUAUAAAAAAAGUGUGAAUAUUUGUUAUCAGUAGAAAUGAAAAUAGCGAAACCACUGAUGGUUUAAUUCAUAACUUGAAAAGGCUGUUAUUGCUACUGUAUAUGUCUGACGCUAUUACAAGUGUCCAUUUUUUAUUUCGGCAACCCUUUUAUGUAGAAAUUAGCACACUACUCUUUUAUGGAUUAAUUAAUUUUGGAAAAUUUAUCUGGUGUUCUGAAUGUAACAUCAGUACUAAGCAGUAUUUGUUUGGGGUAAAUGUAUGGAGUUCUUUUAUGUCUGUAUAUAGUAUAACUAGUCUAAAUAGAGAUUACUGUUUUUAAAUUAUUAACUGUUGUUUGGUUAUUGAACAUAUUUCUGACAUAUUUGCGAAUGUUUUGGCUUAAAACAUGAGUUGUAUUUUUAUAGUUCCAUACUUAUUCUGUUAUGAGAGUUUUUAUUAGUUAUGUUGCUAUUUUUGUUUAAAUGCUUAGUUUUUAUUACAAGUUGUAUAUGCUUUUUGUAUAGUAAUAAGUACACAAUUUAAUUAAGAUAUAUAUAUAUGCCUUAUUUUGUUUCAUUUUUAAUUCCUUUACUGCAGUAAACUCAAUCUGACUAAAGUUAGAUAUUUUAUUUUUGUUCAGGUUAAAACUUAAUUUUAUCAUAAUUAAUUUUUUGUGAUCAUAAGCAGUUUUUCGUUUUAUAUUUGAAUUCGAAUUAUUUUAGACUUUUAAUCAUGCAAUUAGUUGCUUAUCAAUUUUUAAUUAAGAUAUGUGAAUAAUUUGUUUUUAAUGUCAAGAAAAGAGAAUUAAGAGAGUUAAAAAGAACUUUAUCAUAGCUAUUUUUAAAAAAAUAUUCAACAAACGUUUACAAAGCCUAUAUUAUUCGACGUUUCAUAUAUCAGUAAGGAAGAUGUGCGGACAAUCAGUUAACAGUCACUACAGCCACCCACAAAAUACUAUUAAAAGAAAGAAAGAAAAUGAAAAAGUAUCUUAUAGAAGGUGAAUGUAGGUUUAAGUUAAUACUUUUCCCCCAUUGUUUUAUUUGAUUACAUGCCUUUGUUUCGUUAAGUUAUAAAGUUUUAAUGAAAUUUUCAGAAUUGUACUCAUAAAAUUCUCUUUCUGUUUUUGUUUUUCUUAUGAUUGAGUUUUUUUUUCUUCUUGAAUUACUGCAGUGUUUCCUUUUUUUUAAAAAUUUGUUUUAGUUUUGAUAUCAACAUAUAUGCUUUAUUGAUAUAAAUUUUUGCUGUAAUGCUAAUUCUUCAAUUUUACAAUUUUUGCUAUUUAUUAUUGAUUAAUUGUUUAUUUAUAUUUCUAAGUCUGGCAACCCAGAUUUUUUUAAUUAUUUUAACUUUGAUUAUAAUUUUUUUCAAUUCGUUAUCUGAAUGGUUCUUUAUUCAUUAGUUGAAUGUACUCCAAACUUGUUUACAUAUUUUUUAAAUUUAAUUAUAUACUUAAGAUUAUUAUUUCUGCAAAUUUAUUAAAGUAUCAUUUACCAUGAUAUAAAUUUUUAUGGUAUUUUUAUCUGAAUACUCACUAUUUUUAAAUAAAAUUUUAAAUUGUAGCAUCUCAUAGAUUUUGAAAAUAUUGUAUUCCAAAACCAGAUUUUUCAUGGCUUUUCAUCUGCAUUAAUAGCAUUUUAAAAUUCAGUUAUUAGCUAUGUGCAUGCAUAUUCCAUACACCCCUUAUACAGUAGAAUUUCAACAUUCUUUGUUAAUUAAAACUGACAUGAACUUGAUAAAAAAAUAUUUUACUAAGAUUUUCAAAGUAAACAUCAUUAAACUUUUCAAUUAUCCUUAAAUGACUAUUACUAAGGAUGCACAACCAAAUUUAGGAUAAAAGAUUAGAACAAUGAUUUUGUUUCAAAAAUCUGAAUUUCUUAACAUAUACGAUAAAAAUAAAUUUUAUCAUUGUGUGCGAAAAUCCAAAAGGAUGCUUUAUGUAUUGAUUAAUUUUUACAUUAUUGAUGACUCAAAUUUUCAUACUAUUUGUGUGAAAUUUAUUUUAAAGCUUGACUAAAUAAGGCGACAUUAAUGACUCAUAUACUGUUUUAAAUACUCAUUAUUUAAUGAUGUGAAGGUUUGUUUUUCAUGACCUUUUUACUUCACUUUUAAUUGUGAUAUAAAAGCUUAUUCAAUUGUUUAUUUUUAUAAGAAAGAAAAUAAUUUAAAAUGUAUUUCUAUUCUCUUACAAUUAAUAAUAAAAAGUGAGCUGUUUUUGCUGUUGUAAUGUACUUACAAUAAAUAUAUGUUUGUUAA